CCGAAGCGUUAAUUGUUUCAUUUUUACUCACAUCGGUAAGAAAAUUCAUUUCGGUGGCUAAUUUAAUGAGAUUACUUAAUAGAAAUAAAAAUCAAAGCGUUAAACUAUGUUCGUCAAGUUUUUCAGCAUGCAUUGGGUCAGCGUGGUGAACCUAAAUGUCAACACUAUGUAUAGCUAGAACCAGAGGCAGAACAAAAAGGAGCAACGCGGAAAACUUUAAGGUGUUGUUAAAUAUUUACAAAAUAAAUCCUUUAAAACAUUCCAAUGUAUUCAAAACGUUCUCUAAUCGGAUACUUUUACCGGCACCGGAUGAGCAUCGCACCGCCUUGAAUUUCAAUAUAAAUGAAAGUAGCGAGAAAGAAAACAGUACGAAUACCAAAGUGGAAAACGGACAGGUCAUUAAUUAUGCAACACACAAAUCAAUUGAUCGACCCUUAUACAUAGAGGAAGAAACACCGGAAAAAUUGGAACCUGAAUACUUUCUUAACAAAUUAGUUUCAAUUAACAGUACUGAUUUUAAUUAUAAAGAAAACGAUGACAGAUAUAUUUUCAAUGACAAUUUAGUUCAAAAUAGUACUUCGCAGUCUAAAUCAUUACAAAAUGAUAUUAUUCAACCAGAAAAACAGACAAAAGGGAUCGCUAUUGAAAAAUUCUCUACAAUAAAAGAUAAAAAAGUUAUGAAUAGUGAUGAUAAUAAAGAACCCAACGAUGUUGCUGAAACUGUAGUAAUAUAACGUAUUUAUGAAAAAAAGUAAA